AGGGGACAGUUUGUGGGGAGUGGACAAGAGAAGAAAAAGCAAAAGGGUCAGGAGCUGCUCGGAGCCUACUAUCCCCGUCCCAUAGGUCUCUAGGGCCUCCCCCCUCCCCUCGGCCUCGGGCGACGGCGGCACGGCGGCGGUGGCGGACCGAGCGCGGCCCCUUUAAAGCGUCCGCCCCCGCCCCCACCCCAGCCGAUCGAUCCUCCAUUUUCCAGCACAUUUCCCCCACCUGGAGGAGCCGCCGCGCCGCCCCGCGAGCCCCGAGCGCCGGGCCCGGGCCAGGCCAGGCCAGGCCAGGCCAGGCCUCUGAGCCCCCCCGUGCCGCGCUGAGCCCCCGGAGCCGGAGCCCGAGAUGGCCGCCAACAUGUACAGGGUCGGAGAUUAUGUCUACUUUGAAAAUUCUUCAAGUAACCCAUACUUGAUAAGAAGAAUAGAGGAGCUCAAUAAGACAGCCAAUGGGAAUGUGGAGGCCAAGGUGGUGUGUUUCUACAGAAGGAGAGACAUCUCAAGCACCCUGAUUGCCCUGGCGGACAAACAUGCAACAUUGUCAGUCUACUAUAAAACCGGACCAGGGGGAGAAAACGACGAGGAAGGGGAAAUGGAAGAAGAAAUGGAAAAUCCAGAAAUGGUUGAUUUACCAGAGAAACUUAAGCAUCAACUAAGACAUCGAGAACUAUUUCUUUCCCGGCAGCUGGAGUCUCUACCUGCCACACACAUCAGAGGCAAAUGUAGUGUCACUCUGCUCAAUGAGACGGAGUCCCUGAAAUCAUACCUGGAGCGGGAGGAUUUCUUCUUCUAUUCUCUAGUUUAUGAUCCACAGCAGAAGACUCUUCUAGCUGAUAAAGGAGAAAUUAGAGUGGGUAACAGAUACCAAGCAGAUAUAACAGACUUGCUAAAGGAGGGUGAGGAAGAUGGAAGAGACCAAUCAAAACUUGAAACAAAAGUUUGGGAAGCAUAUAAUCCAUUAAUUGAUAAGCAAAUCGACCAGUUCCUGGUGGUGGCACGAUCUGUUGGUACAUUUGCCCGUGCCCUAGACUGCAGUAGUUCAGUCAGACAGCCAAGCUUACAUAUGAGUGCUGCAGCAGCCUCCAGAGAUAUUACACUGUUUCAUGCAAUGGAUACUUUGCACAAAAACAUCUACGAUAUUUCCAAGGCCAUUUCUGCUCUGGUGCCUCAGGGCGGUCCAGUUCUCUGCCGAGAUGAAAUGGAAGAGUGGUCAGCUUCAGAGGCCAAUCUCUUUGAGGAAGCCCUAGAAAAAUAUGGAAAAGAUUUCACUGACAUUCAGCAAGAUUUUCUUCCAUGGAAGUCCUUAACCAGCAUCAUUGAAUACUAUUACAUGUGGAAAACAACAGACAGAUAUGUUCAGCAGAAGCGGUUGAAGGCAGCUGAAGCAGAAAGCAAGUUAAAGCAAGUGUAUAUACCUAACUAUAACAAGCCAAAUCCAAAUCAGAUUAAUGUAAAUAAUGCCAAGGCUGGUGUUGUAAAUGGCACCGGAGUACAGGGUCAGAGCCCAGGAGCUGGCCGGGCCUGUGAAAGCUGCUAUGCCACACAGUCUUACCAGUGGUAUUCUUGGGGUCCCCCUAACAUGCAGUGUCGUCUCUGUGCAUCUUGUUGGACAUACUGGAAAAAAUAUGGUGGCUUGAAAAUGCCAACCCGAUUAGAUGGUGAGAGACCAGGACCAAAUCGCAACAACAUGAGUCCUCAUGGUAUCCCUGUGCGGAAUAGUGGGAGUCCAAAGUUUGCUAUGAAGACAAGACAAGCCUUUUACCUACAUACAACCAAACUGACAAGGAUUGCCAGACGCCUCUGUCGAGAUAUAUUGCGUCCUUGGCAUGCAGCAAGACACCCUUAUAUGCCUAUCAACAGUGCUGCUAUCAAAGCGGAAUGUACUGCCCGAUUACCAGAAGCCUCCCAGAAUCCUCUGGUAUUAAAACAAGUGGUACGAAAGCCUUUGGAAGCUGUGCUCCGGUAUCUAGAGACUCAUCCCCGCCCUCCAAAACCAGAUCCCAUAAAGAGUGUGUCUAGUUCUCUCAAUAAUCUUACUCCUGCCAAGUCAACUCCAGUCAUUAAUAAUGGGUCCCCAACCAUCCUAGGCAAGAGGAGUUAUGAACAGCACAAUGGCAUGGAUGGCAACAUGAAGAAACGCCUUUUGAUGCCUAGCAGGGAUGAAGAAACUGAGCCUCAAAGAAGUUAUUUAACUUUGCCCAAGGUCACAGAUAGCAGGUAGCAUAUCUGGGUUUAUAACCUUGGUCCUCUGGCUCCAGAUUUUGUCUUUUCUCCAUUAUGUCACUCUGCCAAUCCAGACUCCUCAAAUUUCUUUAACUGUAAAGGAAAGUUGAACUAGAUUCUAAGGUCUGAUAUUCUAUGCUUUUCCCCAUGAAUGAUUUUGCACACAGCCUCUACCAAAAAAGUUAUACAUUAACUUGAUUUUAUCCUUGAAUAUGAUUCUGGGGAAGAGGGAAGGCCUACAUGAGUCUAAUCUCAUAUAAACUCAGUCAAUUAUUUGGAAAAAAAACAAAUAUCUUGUCUUAAACUAAAAUUGAAGCUUGCUUCCCUGGCUACUGAACCAAUGGAACCCAUGUCCCUUACAGGUAUAGAGAGCACGUGUUUGGCCCAUUAUUUACCCCACUGACACAAUUCGAAUCUACUCUGAGUUUCCUUUACAAUCUUUCCAAUUAAAGGAUACUAAUAAUUCUUCCUUACUAGUGAUUCAGGAAUAAUCAUGUGUCUGGUUCUUUUCUUGAUCGUUUGUGCCUGUUUGCAGAAGGAAACCUCUGAGAACAAUCUAUAGAAGGACAGAGGCUAUAGUGAACUUCCUGGAAGCCUUGGGGAAACUAUGGCCACAUUGAGAGGAAGAACCAUUGUGGAAUCAGUCAGGUCCAGCACUUGGUUUCCGGGGUAGAAUUUCAGGUUUCUUAAAGUUCUCAGAAGAGUUUGGAUUUGAUAGGAUAUUUCCCAACAAAGCAACACAGUAAACUUUCUUAGUGGAUAUGUCUAAAGUUUAUUUAACCAAGGGUAGAAUUCAACCUCCUGGAGUCUUGCCUGGAAAUUGGUAAACAAAGGGAAUCUGCAUAAGUUGAAAUCACCCAAAAGUUACUCAUGUGCUGCUUUAUACUAAAGCUGUGAAAUGACCAUAGUGGAAAGAGAGACCUUCAUGGAGCUUUCUGCAGAGAACAGCCAUGGUGGCCAGUAGAUAAUAGAAAAGAGACUGGGCUAGAUGCCUCUUGGUCAUUCCUAGAAUGUCAUCUUUAGUCUCUCCCUUUUAAUAUGAGAAGAGGAUACUGGAAACUCUUCCCAUCAGAGGGGAAGCUCUGCAUAUGACCUGGAAUUUGUCUUUUGUCUAUCUGGUCCCAAGGGAAUGUUCUUGUAGGCAUUUUUUUGAACAUUAUUUUUUAUUUGGUCAAUUUCAAACAUUACUCUUUGGUUACAAAAAUCAUUUUCUAUUCCUCCCUCCCCUCCCAUAGCCGACGGGGCAAUUCCCCUGGGUAUUACAUGUGUCCUUGUUCAGAACCUAUUUCCUUUCUUGUAGGCAUUUUUGAUAAAGCAGUGUAAUCUGUUUUCUUCACACUGUCCUGGCUCAGAUUCUAGACCCUGGAUUAUAAUUCCAGAUGGGUUCCGGUUAGGGCCUGGAAUUAGUUUUACUCCCUUUCCCUUUCAACAUUUCUCUCCAAGAUUGGAGUUUCUGUAACUUCAACAAUCUGCUAACCUGAGAACUGUCCUGCACUUAAAAAACAGAAAGGACCCAAUUCUAUAAACACAGCCUUGCUGAGAGACAGUAGAUCUAAACAAACUUAUGGCUUGCUCUCUCCAUGAAACACCAAUUUGUUUAUAGGCAACUCAAACCCACAGUUUGAGAAAUUUUAAUUUGUAUGACUUGUCUUAAAAUGUUCUGUUAGACUGAGCCUGAUCCCAUUGGUGGAGAGUGGUUCUCUCAUGUUUUAAAAUAAUCUAUUGAGGUACUUUCAGAUACGCCAUACGAUUGUAUAGGAUUAAAUCCCUAAUGCAAUUGAUAGCCUACAAUAAUAUGUUUAUAAAACUUUUUUGAAGGUAAUGUAAAUAUGUUAUCUCAUGAUUGGUAGUGAUUAUUUUUCUUUCCUGUGAUGAUCUCUUUGAACUUUUAUGCCUUAUUAUAAUUAUCUCUAUGAAAGAUUGUUAAUUAUUUCAUUUUACAAAAUGUAUGAAUCAAAAGAAUUGAACUUAGUUAAAAUUUUUUCAAUCCAACUUCUAAAUUCACUAGAUUUUAUUUCCCUUAACCUGACCCUUGCAUAUUGUUAGGUUUGCAUAGCUGACUUUGGAAGUGAACAUACCUAGGAAGAUCAGCAUAUUAACUCAAUAAGAAAUGUGACCUAGUAUAUAGUUCUGCUCACCUUCUCUUAUUAAAGUUAGCUUUCAGUUCAAGAAGAAUCCAGUACAUGUUGUUAACUCACCUGCUUUUAAAACUUGUCCCUGCAUAGCUUCUCCCAGAUGAACUUCCUAUAUGGAAGUGAGCAUCACCAAACAUACUAGUCCUCUGAGCUUCAGACUGAUUAGUUAAUGAAGAUGAAAGAGAUAAAUCCCACCCUUUCUUCUUCCCACUCCUCAGCGCCCUGCCAUUGUAUUCAAAUCUCUGGGUCUCUUUGAAAUGCCAGAGUUGUAAAGCCUGAGGUUCUUGCUAGACUAAGAGAACCAAUUGUCUUUUGCAUAUGGUUGGGACCUGACCCUAGUUAAAACAACUGAAUGUUUGUUAUUUGGGGGUUUAAGGAAGAUAUUUUCUCUAGUGUCUGUAAGGGUUAAAAUCUGGGAAUCCUUUAUGGAUGAAUUCUCUCUUACUACAAGAAUCCAUAUGACUGAAGUCAGUCAUAUGGAUUUUUUUUUUCUCAAGAGUGCUAGUAUUUCUCACACCCCUUAAAAUAUUUAAUUUUUUGACUUGCCUGAUGCAAACUUUCUUCUUUGGCAACUGUUUCAUCAUUGUCCAUGCCUAGUUUUUGUUUUGUCCUGAUUGACAUAUUUUAUUCUGAAAUAAGUCAAUAAAUAAAUCUAUUCUUUCUCAGGUAAGCUACUAGUGUAAUAUUCACAUAUCAUCAUCUCCCUUCCCAUGGAGUGCAAGUGGCCUCUCAUCUGCUUCUCUGCAUUUUACUCUAUCUGGAGGGUGGGAAUAUGCUCCCUGCUAGUCACAGCUCCUUUGUGUAACACUGAGCUAUUUUUUUUUCCUUUGCCUUUGCCAAUCUGCCAAUUUGAUAGGAACAUACUUAGGUAAGUAACUUGGAAUGUUAUUGUGUUUGUUUUGUAUUUAGCCUUUUCCAUUAAGCUGCCCAAAGAGCCAUUGGAAAAGCCCAGGUUCUUUUCUAAGGACCUGGUCUAAAGUGACUCUGAUCAUGAUAGGACCCUAUCCUUUCCCAGGAGAGAACUUAUUUUCAUUUCCUAAAGUCUUCAUGUACUUAGACACUAGUUAGAGUAGAUUUAGAGUUCAAAUCCCACACCACUAUUUAUUAAGUGACUUAAAAUAAGGUGCUUUCCUGUUCUAGGGCUUCGGUUUCCUUACUUAUGAAUUUAGAGAUUUGUAAUGAUCCUUUCCAACUCUAAAUGUUAUGAGCCUAUAAGAUUUAUGGAGGAAAACAAAAUACAGCAGAUCACUAAGGGGAAGAGAAUGCUUGAAUCUCAAUGGAUAUGACCCCACAGGUUCAUUGUAGUGUAACUUUGGGUAUCUGAGGCCCUGGGGAAGACUUAGCAUCAACAGAACCCUAUGUUCUUUUCUCAUCCAACUGUUGACAAUCCAUAGGGAUUGUCUGUGGUAUUCAGCGAGUUUAGUAUCGUACAUUGAAGUCUUCACUUUUUCUUCAUUUAAUUCAACGUUUCAGUGACCUGUGAUUUUUUUUAAGGUAAAAUAAGAAUAGAUUGUAUUUUGAAGAGAAAAUAGAGAGGUCAUGUUGCAUAAUAAAUAGAGAUCUAGCCUUGCUGUAAAGAACACUUGACUCCCCUGACUAUUCUCUAAUACUUUGAGUUUUCAAAGCAGGUUACCAUCCUAUAUCAAUAGAAGGUGGUCUUUGAUUAGGAGUUCCUCUAUAUCAAUGAAAUCAUAUAUCUAGGGUUGUUUGUUUGAUGGGUUUUAAGCCCUAAGCCUAGCAGAACAGUGUAAAAAGAGUUCUCAAAUCAUGGUUCUAAAAUAAAGACAUUUCCCAUAAAGAGUUAUUAAAAGAAAAGAGAUUUUGACUAUUACUUCACCACUUAUUCCACCCACCCCCAGAGUCCCGUAUGCUGUAGUGUUUUCACUAGCUACCACAUAUAUUUUUCAGCAUGUAACUGUGGUUGUUCUCAUUAGAUAAUGAUGAAAGAUGGGUUCCAGUAUUUCAGUGACCUUUUCCCAAAGUUAUUAAAGGGAAUACCUUCCAGGAAAAGGCAAAAAACAACCUGAAAAAAAUGUAUUUGGACAGUACUGACCAUUGAGUCUAUCACUAUCAUUUGGUUAUUUCUCAAUCAUUUUUCCCUUCUUUUUCUUGCUUAGCUGUCUAAAACUGUCAUAAAUGAAACUCAUGUUAUUAUGGGCAGGAUACUUUUUGGAGACCAACCAGAACAGGAAAUAGAGAUACUUAGAAUGACAAAUUAUCUCUUAGUUUGGCCCACAGAUAUGUGUAUGUGUAUUUGCUCUUUUACAACUCAGCAGUAACAUUUGUUUUUGGAGACUGGACCCAAAGGUAGGUGGGUCCUUAAUGUGAUAAUGCACAAAUGAUGGGGUGAGACUGUUCGGUAAAGGAAACAGAUUUGAUUUGAUGAAGUAGAUUACUAAUAUUCAGUGUAUGCAUCAGUAUAUGUGUAGAUAUCGGUCAUAACUAUAGGUUGCCAAAUCCCAGAAGUAGUCUUAUAAUGGGAACAGUAGAUAUAGGGCCUGGAGUAGAAAGUGGCCCUCUGGCACUGAAGGAUAGAGUUUUGAAUUAUCAAUAGUGGGAACAACAGAACAGAGUUUCUCAACCUAAUGGACCAGGAAGUUAUCUGUUUUCAUGAGAUUUAAGCUGUUGAACUACAGAUGAGUUUCUUUUAAGAAGUAGGUAGAAUUGGUCAAUAGUCAUUCAAAAAUGCAAGGGAGAAAGAGGGAUGCCUUGUUUAUAUGCAGCAAGAGAUUAUUAAUUGCUAGAAUUUUGUUCCAAAUUAGCUUAGGAUCAGUGAAAAUCCCUUGUAGGGAAGCUUCUAGACUUCCUAGAAGGUAGACUUCCAAUGCUUGAGUUCAUCUAGAUAUGUAGAUAGCAAUUACAUAUUAUUUGGAAAUUUUCUUCCUAUUUCUUGAUGCCCUUUUGUUCUUCCAUAACUGUAGGCAGCCUGGAAAAUAUUAGGCAUCAUUUCCUUAGGUGCUCUUGUUUUCUGUCCAGCAGGUAGAGAAGAAAGAGAUCUGGGUACCAUUUGGAGCAAUCAUGAGUAGUGAUAAGGAAACCAAUUUCUUCUUGUUUGGUCUUGUUUGGUCUUGGCUUCCAAUGCUCAAGCCUAUAUAAUCCUGGGAAGUUAGUAGGGGAAAGGGUAUUCUGAACCAAAACCAUAGAUAAUAGCUUACCCUGACCAUUCCUCAUUCCCGUCCCCCCUCUUCAUUUCAUAGCAAAGGAAGAAAGAUGCAUCUUUGGGCAGCAGCUGUGGGGAUCACCCUGGACUUACUGCUUACUCAAGGGUCUGCCUCUAAUUAAAAAUAAUGGAAUUAGCAGUUCCAUAGGAUGUCUUGCCAGUACUUGAGUAACAAAGUACACAUAGCAAAAAGUGUAUGGGUACAGUUCAGAAUUCCCCAUCUAUGAAUUGGGACUCCUCUGCCUUCAAGAAUUUUACAUUUCAAAAGAUGAUUAGUAAAGUUUUAUUAUGGGCUAUUUUGCCUGGACCUUUGGGAGGUAUCUAAGUCAUUGUAAACCAAUUCAAAAAGUCUCAUCUACUCAUUCUCUACUAUUUAUUUCUUUGCUUAUAGUUGCUUGGUUACUUUGUAAACUCCUCACUUUGCUCAGUAAAGUUCAGUGCACUCUGGAAAGAAAGGAAUUGAAAGGCAGCUAUUACUUUUAGGAAGCAAAGAACUGUGACUGUCAGACUUUUUAUUUUUUUCUGAGUGAUUCAAAAGCCAGGCCCUCAGGUAACUCUUCUACCUGAUAAUGGAGAGAAGUUGUGUCAGCCUGAAGGAGGGAGGCUGGCUUGAUUUUUAAAAAAUAAAUAAAUAAAAAAUCAAAGUCCAUUUUGCCUCUAACUGGAUAGGAUCACUGCUUUCUCCUCCAUCUAAGACCUAAACCAAACCAGUUUGUUUUAAAUAUUUGGCUAUAGAAUGAAAAUAAUGUCUGACUUCCUUAAUUCAUGGUGCCCCAAGGAAGGGGUUUGCUAAGCCAAAAAUACUAGUUGAGGAGGAAACAGAAAUUUAAAACAUUGCUUUUUGUUUUUUAUUCUUUAUGAUUUCUGUCAUGGAAGAAAUUUGGUGUCUUACAAGUUCUAUUCUCUUUCCUGUU